GAACAUGAUGAUAUAGGUGUUGAAACUUUAUAUAUAGUGCCACUGCAAUACCGACACACACAACCGUGUGAACCUUAUCUCAAACAAAACUUAUUUGUCUAAAACACUACGCAAUAUCUAUACUUACAAUACCUCCAACACCGUCCAAAAUGGUCACUUUUGUCAUGUGUUUGAUCCUUAACAAAUAUUGUAAAAUCAAUGUAAACAUGAAGUUUCCAUACUAGUAUAAUAUUGCUUCAUUUUUUAAGUGAUUUUAAGGUUUAAAAAAUGAGCUCAAAGACAUUUAUGAAUAUGUUGUUGUUCAUUUUCACGUUUGUGUUGCCUUGUUUGGUUGGUUUGAGUAAUGGUGAGUGUGAUUUCGAGGCUAUUUUCAACUUUGGGGAUUCAAAUUCAGAUACUGGUGGAUUUUAUGCAGCUUUUCCUGCUGAAACUGGACCUUAUGGAAUGACUUAUUUCAAUAAGCCAGCUGGUCGUGCUUCAGAUGGCAGAUUAGUUAUUGAUUUCAUUGCUCAAGCUAUUGGAAUUCCAUUUUUGAGUCCAUAUCUGCAAUCAAUAGGAUCUGAUUAUCGACAUGGGGCCAACUAUGCUACAUUGGCAUCCACUGUGCUUCUUCCUAAUACCUCUUUGUUUGUCUCUGGGAUCAGCCCUUUCUCUCUUGCUAUUCAGCUCAACCAAAUGAAACAAUUUGCAAAACAAGUCAAAGAAGCCGAUCAACAAGAUACCAAACUUCCUUCACCAGAUAUAUUUGGAAAAUCUCUGUAUACAUUCUAUAUCGGCCAAAAUGAUUUCACUUCCAAGUUAGCAGACAUUGGCACAGGUGGAGUACAAGAGUUUCUCCCUCAAGUUGUUUCACAAAUCGCUUCUACCAUUAAAGAGCUGUAUAAUCUUGGUGGAAGAACAUUUUUGGUGCUUAAUCUUGCACCAGUAGGGUGUUACCCUUCAUUCUUAGUAGAGCUUCCUCAUAAUAGUUCAGACCUUGAUGAAUUUGGAUGCAUGGUUUCUUACAACAAUGCUGUAGGUGAUUAUAACAACAUGUUGAAAGAGUCAUUGAAACAAACCAGAGAAAGUCUCUCAGAUGCUUCUGUCGUAUAUGUCGAUACCUCUAGUUUUCUGUUGGAGCUUUUUCAGCAUCCUACUUCUCAUGGUCUUGAAUAUGGUACAAAGGCAUGUUGUGGAUAUGGAGGGGGUGAGUACAACUUUGAUCCUAGAGUAUACUGUGGAAAUACAAAGGAGAUAGAUGGAAAAAGAGUGACAGCAACAGCAUGUGAUGAGCCUUACAAGUAUGUGAGUUGGGAUGGGAUACAUGCAACAGAAGCUGCAAACAAGCUUAUAACUUAUGCUAUUCUUAAUGGAACUUAUUCUGAUCCUCCUUUUCCAUUUCAACAACAUUGUGAUAUUCAACCUAUAGGUUGAUCCAUUUCCUUCAAGAAUUCAUGGCUGUUUCUUAUCAUAUCUUAGUUAAUUAAUUAAUAACAAUUGAUGGAUGUGAAACAAGGUUGGAGAUAUUACAAAAAUUUAAUCAGAAUAAGAAAUUUCUAACCGUACAA